CUUUUACAUAAUUAUAUAUUUAUUUAUUAUAUAUUAUUAUUAUUACUAUUAAUUUUCUUUUAUCACAACAAUAAUUUACACAAUUCGCGUAACUAAUAUCCCCGUUUCAUUAAACCGAUACAUACCGAUAAAUGCCGGCCGUGUUCCGUCUCUUUUUCCGACUCUAUAGUAUCCCUACCCGCCGACGAAACGGCGAUUUCUAUAUAUAGCCGACAGAGUAGUUUUAAAAAAUUUAAUUCUCUCGCUACAACCGCACCGGACUGGACGCUUUCGUCACUGUUCUGCAUCGGUUUUUAGUGUGCUUUUAUUUGUAUUUUAUUUCGAUUAAAUUAUAUCAUCGGCAUGUCGGGACGCGGUAAAGGCGGUAAAGUGAAGGGAAAGGCAAAGUCUCGUUCGAACCGCGCCGGUCUUCAGUUUCCGGUCGGUCGUAUACACAGACUGCUGAGGAAGGGAAAUUACGCCGAACGCGUCGGUGCCGGCGCUCCCGUCUACCUAGCCGCCGUCAUGGAAUAUCUCGCCGCCGAAGUUCUCGAGUUGGCCGGAAACGCUGCCCGCGACAACAAGAAGACCAGAAUCAUACCGAGACAUCUUCAGCUGGCGAUCCGUAACGACGAGGAAUUGAACAAGCUCCUGUCGGGCGUCACCAUCGCACAAGGCGGUGUCCUCCCGAACAUCCAAGCGGUCCUCUUACCGAAGAAGACCGAGAAGAAGGCUUAAUUAUUUAUUAAACUGUGUCUGUAUCGUCGUGCUAAUAGUUCGUUACGUCGUGUCACUCUUUCGUUGCGAAACUAUUAACUACGAGAUAAUUGACAUCUAUGAAAAUCAAACGGCCCUUUUCAGGGCCACAAAUCUCUUCUAAAUACGAUAAAAAAUUAUUAAUUUUUUGUCUACGUUUCUUACGUAACGACGACGUCAUUAUUUAUUUCAUUAUUUCUUUAGCAGCACGUAAAACCUUCUCGUGCAAACAUAGAAUAAUACACACAGCACACACGCCUUAAUUUUCUUACGAAUUAAAUGUUAUAUCACUCGAACAAUAGCGUAUAAAUAUGCUAUAAAUCUUAUUAAACCCAAUAUAAAUUAGGGGUAUGAAAAAUAAACGUUGGCCGAUUCUCAGACAAUAAAUAUAAGAUAUGCAA